AUGACCUGGCAACGAAGUACAAGGACACUAACCCGUAAACUUAGUCGGGUCGCAAAUUGCGGCCUCCCUGGAUGCCCCGGGAUGCAUCUUAUCGAUGUUUCCGGAAUAAACGAAAACCAGUUGAUCCUCAAGCGUCACCGAGCUGUUGUUUCUGACCUACUUCCAUCCACUCCGUUCAAAGAUGAAGGUAAGAUCCUCAGUCGGUGGUUGUCUACCUUAUAUGCCUCUAUCUGA